AUGAAUUAAAACAAAGAAUUAUUAUUUUUUGGUUCUGGAGAGCAUUUGAAAGUUUUUUAUUUCAAGAAUAAUACAAUGAAAUUUAUAUAAAGACUUUUAGGACAUUAAACUUUGAUAACUGUUCUAAAUUUCUUCGUAAAGAAUAAAAAUGUCAUUUCUGGAUCAGAAGAUUCCUCAUUAAUUCUAUGGCCUGCCAGUCUAAUUUCAAAUCGAAAAUUCAUCAUAAAAUUAAAAGGUCAUAAAUCUAUAAUCAAUUGUAUUGUACUAACACCUAAAGUUGAAGAUUAAAUCUUUAGUGGCUCGGAUGAUAACACAAUAAAAAUUUGGUCAUAAUCUUCUUAAAAAUGGUGUCGUACUUAGACUUUUAAUUAGCAUCAUUAAAGUGUCUAGUCGAUGUCAAUCAAUAAUGAAAGAAAUAAGUUAAUAUCUUGUUCUAGCUAAAGUUAAAACAUAUUAAUUAUGGAAAGGUCUAAUGGUCUGCAUUGGCAAAUAGCAUAACAAAUGAAAACUUAUCAAGAAGGAGCUAGUUUAGCAUUCAUCACAAACAACAUGUUUGUAUAUCAACCACUUUUAGGAACUCAUCUUUUAUUAUAUACAUUCAAUAAUAAAUAACACAAAUUUACACAAUAACGUGCUAUACCUAUAUAAAAAGAUAUUUCAAGUUGUAGCAGUCCAUAUCCAGCUAUUUAUAGUGAGAAAAAGAACAUACUUGUUUUUAAGCAUGGCGAUUACAUAGAUGUUUUAAGAAUAAGGCCUAUUUCUGAGAUAGAUUGCGAGUGUUAUUUGCUUUAGACUAUUCAAUUUGAAAAUGCUCCAUGGAUGUUUGGAACCAUAAAUGAUUCAGGAGAUUUUUUGAUCACAUGGGAUUCCAAUUCAGAAAAAAUUUAAAUAAGAAAAUACACAGGUAAAUUCCGUUAUAAAUUAUAAGAAUUAAGAAGAAAAUGGAACAAAAAUUCAUCAAUAUUUUGA